GGCAGCCUCCACACCACACCCAUGGCCUGCAACAGCCUCUGCAGUCCCUGCGGACCCACCCCGCUGGCCAACAGCUGCAACGAGCCCUGUGCCCUGCAAUGCCAGGAUUCCCGCGUCAUCAUCAACCCUUCACCUGUGCUGGUCACCCUGCCAGGACCCAUCAUGACCUCCUUCCCCCAGAACACCGCCGUCGGAUCCACCUCCUCCGCUGCCGUGGGCACUGAGCUCAGUGUGCAGGGACAGCCCAUCUCUGGUGGAUUUGGUGGCUUUGGCCUUGGCUAUGGCCGUGGGUUUGGCUAUGGGCUGGGAGGCCUGGGCUGCUAUGGCAGAAGGGGCUAUGGCAACAUCUGCUAA